AUGCAGUAUAACUCCACUGCUGUGACUGAAAUCUUUCUUUUGGGUUUUCAAAAUUUUCAAAGUAUAAAGAACUUUUUCUUCAUUUUGAUGCUUCUAACUUACUGUGUGACUGUGUGUGGAAACCUCAUCAUCAUCUUAGUGGUGUCCUACAGCCCAUCGCUCCACUCUCCCAUGUACUUCUUUCUAACACAGCUCUCCUUCUCAGAUAUCCUCCUCACCACCACUAUAGUACCCAACAUGCUCCGAGUUGUGUUGUAUGAUGGAAGUUAUGUGUCUUUUAUUGGAUGCUUAACUCAAUUUUAUUGUUUUUCCGCCACAGAAUCAAUAGAAUGUCUUCUCCUGACCGUGAUGUCCUAUGACCGGUAUCAGGCCAUCUGUAACCCUCUCCAUUAUGUCUCUGUCAUAAACAUCACAUUUUGUGUAACAACAAUAUUUCUCUCUUGGUUGUUUGUCCUUUUUGUAAUAUUGAUCAUUUCAGUAACAAUAAAUCAUUUGAUAUUCUGCGGACCAAAUAUCAUUGACCAUUUCUUCUGUGAUUUUGACCCAAUUCUUGAACUUUCCUGUACAGACCCUUUUAUAGUGAAGAUGGAGAGUCAGUUAAUAGCUGUUCCUCUGGUCAUUUGUCCAUUUAUGGUUAUUAUCAUUUCAUAUGUUUAUAUAAUUGUCACCAUACUGAAGAUCCCCUCUGUGACCGGGAGGCAGAAGACCUUCUCCACCUGCAGUUCUCACUUGGCUGUGGUGUCUUUAUACUAUGGAUCACUUAUUAGCAUCUAUUUGCUUCCAAACAUGAACAAUGCAAAGAAAAUCCUUUCCCUGUUUUACAAUGUUGUAACUCCACUUCUGAACCCUAUGAUCUACAGCUUAAGGAAUAAAGAUAUUAAGCAGGCCAUAGAAAGAAUAUUUCAACAUAUGAGCAAUAAAAUCCACACGUGUUAA